CUCAACGAGGGAGGCUGGGAAUCAGAGAGAUGACAUGAAAUCUAGGUGAUGUGACUGAUGCAAAUAUUUGAAAGCACCGGUUAAUUCCGUGACACAGGAUUCGGAGCACAAUAUUUCAACCUUAACGUUUCUGUUGGAUGCGAUGUCCUAUCUGAACCCCCGGGGGAGAGAACUCGAGCGCUUUGAUGGACUUUCGCUCAUUUACUGGACACUGAUGGGUCCACAUGGAGUAGAUCGAGCAGUGCAUUCUAUGGAAUUUACAGAUUGUGAAAAUGGAUUAGGAAUCAAAGUGAUUGGUGGUGUGAAAGAACUAACUGGAGAGGAAUAUGGAGUUUAUGUGAAGAGGAUCUUACCUGGUGGCCUUGCUUCCAGUGAUGGAAACCUACAGCCUGGAGACCAAAUCCUUGAAGUGAACGGUGAAAGCUUGAUUGGUGUGACAAGUGAAAGAGCGGUGGACAUUCUUAGAGCAGCAUCCUCAACCAAUCACAUGCGCCUUCUGAUAGCCAGGGAUGAGGAAGCCAGGCGGGAAUUUGCAGAGCUUCUUGAAAAAUAUGGCACAAACAGCAGUACAGGAUCUACCAGGAAUUCUCCCAGUCAGCAUACAGGCAGGUACUUGGAAAGCACAUCAUCAGGGUCUUCAUCCAGAUCUCAGAGUCCACUUUUGCUUAGUCCUGCAGGCUCUCAGAGUAAUUACAACAGUACAGGACCCUUGCUACGCUCUUUAAGUCACCCAGGUGAAGGGGUUAUUCAGCUCAUAUCAAUUGUCCGCUCCUGCAGUCUGGGCAUUACCAUCGGAGGAGGCUCCAACAGACCUGAUGGCCCUGCAGUUUUUAUCCAGGAAGUCCUGUCUGGAGGAGAUUGCCAUCGGGAUGGACGGCUCAGACCUGGUGAUCAGCUUAUUGCCAUUAACAAGGAGUCAUUAAUUGGAGUCACAUUUGAGGAGGCCAAAAGUGUGCUCAACAAAGUGAAAUUCAGUCAGGAGCCAGUUGUGGAUAUUGCCUUCAUCCCAGGAAAAGGACCUUUCUCCAACAGCACGUCAUUACAUAAUGGGGUUCAGAGGGGAGUUGGGAACGGAUACAACUCCAGCCGGUUAAAAGUUCAUGUCCGAUCUCCUGAGAUGCGACAAGAGGAAAUAUCUCCUGUACUUUCAUCUUCUCCUGAUAUCUGCCCUCCAGAUAUACAGGUUUCAGCUUCCAACACACAGAGACCGGCCACUGUUUCCAAACCCAAGAUCUCCCUGGACCCCCAUAUACGGCUCAAAUCAGAGAAGCUCGAUCUGGCUCUGUCUUAUCUGGGUCUGGAUGUUACAGAAGAGAAGAGACAGCAGCUCAGAGAGAGUCUCACUGCAGACCCUCAGGGUACAGUGUCAUAUGGAGACUUUGUGGAAGCCACACGCAGUGUUUAUCAAGAGAAGCUGGAGGAGGCGGGACUAGGACAAGGGCCCUUUAUGUUCUCCUAUCAGGAAGCAGCUAGCUUGAUGGACACUUCUGCCUUUCACUCCCCAACGUAUGAGUCAGAGUGCAGCUACAGCAGUGAGGAGCUUGAGGAGUUUCAAUCGGAAGUCAAACAACUUCAGAUGCAAAUGAAACAACUCAAGGUGUUGCUGAAAGACACAGAAGACAGUAAGAAGUCUCUGGAGGAGGAACUGCAGAAGACAGCUGAGAAGGCCACAGCCACAGUGGAGGAGAAUAAGUCUCUGAAGACUAAGCUGCAGGUAGCAGAGGCGGUUCAGAGACAGACUAACAGUGCCGAGCAGGACUAUGAAGAGGUCAUUCAGCUCCUGGAGGCCGAAAUCAAAGAUCUGAAGAACCAGCUAGCUGGAAAAAAACAAAGAGGCCUGGAGGCUACCAAAGAAGAUGUGAUGGACCUGAACAGGAGACUCACCAUCAUUGACAGCCAGUUGAGAAAAUCUGAACUGACAAGGAAACAUCUGGAGAUAUCCAAUAAGAAGCUCCUUGGCUUUGCUCAGAAUGUCCACAAAGUUCUCACCAACACCGGAUUAUUUGGGAUAGAAAGAGCAUGCAAGCAUCUCCAUCAACUGACAGCCCUGACACCCCCUGCCCUAUUCCUGACCCUGCCUGCCAGCUUGCAGCUAAGGCCAAAGAGCUUGUGGAUGGUGUCUGUUCACUUUGCACUGAGGAUCACACCUCAUUCACUGGCCACAGCCUCCCCUCAUCUGAGAUCCUGCUGUAGAGAGGAGAUAUCAGUAGAGGAUCUGGGAUGGACAGAAACUGGGCUAAUUCUCAGAAGAUCAAGUUUGUUGAACCGAAACAAUACUGUGGAAAUAAGAGACUAAGUUUUCCGUGUGGGUUUUAUUUCUUUCAGUUCAUUGUUCAUUAACUCAAGUGAUAUCAGAGGACUGAAAAGACAGCUCUACUGAUUAAAAAAAAAAAAAAGUGUUUUUUAUAAAUUAAAAGAAGAAAAAAAGCAGUCCAAUACAUAUUUAACUUGUAGCAUUACUCAAGUUUCAUAAUGUAGAUGCAAAGAGGGGAUUAAAAAUUGAAACAAGAAAACACCACAAUACGUAAUAAAGGUGACUGUAAUAUUCGAUGGUAAUUUUAAUCUAAAUGCGUCAUCAGUUCGUCAACGAUGUUACCAUGUGCCAUGUGCAACAUUUAACUCAGCAGAUUAAGUGGUUACCAUGCACAAUUUUAGAGAAGUUGCAAUAUUGAAAAGAGAAAGAGAGCGUUCUAUACGACGACGUUACAUCAUAUAUCUCCCCAUUAAACAAAUGUAAUGUAAACACAUGUGGCUGACCUCUCUAUUAGAGUUAGGUAAUAAUAUGAAGUACAUGUAUUACAUUUUACUUAGGGAAUUUGGGGCACAGUCCCCACUUUUCAUCAUUUGAUAUGAUGCUUAUUUGUAUUUGUUCUGAGAAGUACUAUGAUGUUUUGAAGAUUUUAUAUUUUGAGUCCAAAUCUUUUAUUAUUGAGAGACACGUGGACAUGCUUGCUUCUAAGUAUGUAUGCAGUUGCUGUUAUAAACCUUGUAAAUCUUGCAGUCAAACCCUUUGAUGUCCUCUUCAUGUCCUUGCUGAUUAUGUCAUUCUGUGCUCAGACACAUUUGCAGUACAGGUUAGUCCAAUGUCAGCCAGCACCCUUUCCAUUACUAUCAGGUAUAGUCUUUUAAGUGCUUAGGGGAAAAAUCCUUCAUAGCUUGUUACUUUGAUGAAGGGUAUCAGAAGUGUAUCUUAGUUAUGGCGUUCUUGUAUCUAUACUAAUUGUACUGGAAGGAUUUUGGUUGUCAUGGCACCAUUGUGUAAUGUAGGUUAUAUUGCAGCGUUCCACCCCAAAUGCAUCCAUUCAACUAAACAAUACAAAUGGUUCAGAAAACUGUUCUCAUAACCACACUGUAGUCGACUUUUUUGUCUCGGAAUAUAUUGUAGGAUCAUUUCUAUCAGUGUGUAAUACUGUGGUGACAUUUAUUUCCUGAGGAUAAAGGUGGAACUGUAUGAAACAUUAAUUGUAAGGUUAUGCAGGUUCAUUUAUAUAAAUAACAGUAAAAAUACUGACAGUAUAGUCCUGUGAUUUAACUAGAUUGCAUCAUAUGUGUGGCCUAAAUAUCUUUCUUUUAAUGUUUUUAUUAAA